AUGCAGAAUGACGAAUCAAAUAAAGACAAUGACACAAUCAAGGAGAUAAAAACUGUUGAAAUCGAUCAAGAAAACCAGACAGCGGCCAUGACAGGCCAAUCAUUGCCUGAAAAUCCACAAGUUCCCACGAGCCAGUCAACUUUUGGGCUUGAUGUUUCAUGCAGCGAUGAUGAUGAAGUGUCAGAGUUACCGUUCAUGUUUUCAUCGUGGUUGCUACGAAGUGUCAUGUGUCCGGCUGCUGCUACACUUGUGUACAUGGCUUUCACAACUAAUAUGUUUUACUCCUUUCUUGGGCCGAGGAUCCAGACCCCGCAAUGGGGCCCAAAUUUCCCGUUUCCCCCGAGCAUGAAGGGGGAAAUUUACUUUCUAACAGUAACCCAAGACCAUGCCAGGCUAGAGCCCCUUUUUGAAGCUGCAGGUAUAGGGAAGCUUUCCACAGCGGAUGGAAAAGCCCUAACUGACCCUGAGGUUCUGCGCAAGCUAACAUCUUCAGUGAGUUGUGCACUAGACGAGGCAGCACAAGCACUUCAUAGGAUGCGAGCAGAGCAACAGAGCCAGUUAGGGAGCGCAGAUAGCCAAAGAUCAUUGGCAGAAGCUUGCAGUGAUGGCGAUGUACCAACAGUACGUAAACUGUUACGAGAGGGAGGUAGUGUGCAUGAGACCACAGAGGAAGGAGAUAGUCUACUCUCGCUUGCAUGCUCUGCCGGCUACUAUGAACUUGCACAGGUCUUGUUAGCAAUGAAGGCGAAUGUGGAAGACCGUGGCAUCAAAGGUGAUUGUACACCCCUUAUGGAAGCUGCCAGUGGUGGAUAUGUAGAUAUUGUGAAAUUGUUGAUUGCCCAUGGAGCUGAUGUGAAUGCUCAGUCAUCUGCUGGUAACACCCCUUUACAUUAUGCUGCCUGUGGUGGUUACGAAGAAGUUGUACAAGUAUUAAUCGAGGCAGGGGCAAAUGUAGAGCAACAUAAUGAAAAUGGACACACUCCCUUAAUGGAGGCGGCCAGUGCUGGACAUGUUGGCGUGGCUGCUAUAUUGCUUAACAAUGGUGCUGGGAUCAAUACCCAUUCCAAUGAGUUCAAGGAGAGUGCAUUAACACUGGCCUGUUAUAAAGGACAUUUGGAGAUGGUGAAGUUUUUACUGGAAGCUGGAGCUGAUCAGGAACAUAAGACUGAUGAGAUGCAUACAGCCCUGAUGGAAGCCUCCAUGGAUGGACAUGUUGAGGUUGCAAGGCUCUUACUUGACAGUGGAGCUCAGGUAAACAUGCCAGCAGACAGUUUCGAGUCACCAUUGACCCUAGCAGCUUGUGGAGGCCAUGUAGAGUUAGCUAAUCUACUGAUUGAAAGGGGAGCUAAUCUAGAGGAAGUUAAUGAUGAGGGAUACACUCCACUAAUGGAGGCGGCCAGGGAAGGGCAUGAGGAAAUGGUGGCACUUCUAUUAGCUCAUGAUGCUGACAUCAACGCCCAGACAGAAGAGACCCAAGAAACGGCCCUUACUUUAGCUUGUUGUGGAGGUUUCCUUGAUGUUGCUGACUUCCUGAUCAGUGCUGGCGCAGAUAUUGAGCUGGGCUGUAGUACCCCACUGAUGGAGGCUGCUCAAGAGGGCCACCUGGAACUUGUCAAAUAUCUCCUUAAAUAUAAUGCUAAUGUAAAUGCAACAACUGGUACUGGGGACACUGCACUGACGUACGCCUGUGAGAAUGGUCACACUGACGUGGCUGAUGUACUCCUUCAACAUGGAGCUGUACUUGAGCAUGAAUCAGAAGGUGGUAGAACGCCAUUAAUGAAAGCUGCAAGGGCGGGUCAUCUUUGUACUGUACAGUUUCUUAUCAGCAAAGGAGCUGAUGUGAAUCGUCAGACAACGACGAAUGACCAUACUGUAUUAUCCCUGGCCUGUGCUGGAGGUCACCUGGCUGUCGUAGAACUUCUCUUGGCUCACGGUGGAGAUCCUACUCAUAAACUAAAGGAUGGCUCUACAAUGGUGAUAGAAGCAGCUAAAGGGGGACAUACAACAGUUGUGAAGCUGUUGUUAGAAUACCCUAACCGAGUUCUCAUGAACCAUGGACAGGAGCUGCCUCAGCUAACUGCUGCUGAUCAGCAUCUUGUAGAGUCUCGUGUUCCAAUUCAUGGCUUGGCCAAUAUAGUUCCUCCAAGUGAGCCUGACUCUCAUCCGUCUAGACCAAAUAACCUCACUACCACCACUGCAUGUGAACAUAUCGACGGUGCCUCACCCGUGAAACGUAAGGCACAAGACAAGGAUAUGAACAUCCCGGCCAAGGCCAGCGACCAGAUCUGGCAAAACAUGCAAAAAUCAUUAAAGAAGUCUACAACUUCCAGUACAGGCAAUCAACAUAACAUUGAUGCAGCCACCAAAACAACAAAAACUUCAAACUUAACCACCUCAGGUGAACUAGCAGCCCAGAUAAGUGAAAAUGGAGUGAUAUCGGACCUUUUACCUGAUGAUGCAAUAGAUCUGAAGGCAGGAGAACGUUUAGAAGCAAUCAUUAGUAAUGUUAUGGCAAAGGAAUUGAUAAAUACUACAUCAACUAGGGAAGAGCAGAUUUUAAGAAAGCAACAAAUUUUAGAAGAGUUACAAAAAGUGGAGAGGGAGUUACAGGAGAAAGCCCAUCAGCAGUUGUUGAUAACCGCCCAACAUCAGCAGCAACAACAACAACAAUUGCAACAGGCGUUACAAUCAAGACAACCUUUACACCAGGCAUUACAGAAACAAUUAGAGGCCCAAAAGAAAAAAAUAAGUGUACCUAGUCAACCAGUGGUGCCAGUUCCAACUACUUCGACAACUGACGUCCCAGAGUCAUCGAUGUCAAACAACCUAGAUAAGCAGGCCUCAAGAACUGGCACCGAAGUCUCUAAAUCAAAUUUAAAGCCUAAUAUCUCAGAAGCAUCCAGCAGUUUACCUUGUACACCCUCUGUUGAUCAAUUAAAACCACCAUCAGACGGGGGCGUAGCUGAAAAACAGCAGAAGCCGCCCAGUGGGAACCAGUCAGAAAAUGGUGCCAAUCAUAGUCAGACUAAUGGGGAGGAGGCCGGGAAGAAGAAUACUGUUGGAAAUGGUAAUAACACUGGAAAGAUGAACGGUAGUUUAAUAAGCACGAAUGGCGCUGUGCAAUCCCAUAAUGGAGGUAGCCAGUCCAGUCAGGUCAGUUCUCAACCGUCACGACCUCCUCUACCCACUGCCAACCAGCUUAUCAACAAUCUCCCUACAAUGGCCCAAAACAUCCCCCUCCCUCAGCCCCCGAUACCAGUUCCCCCUCAGAAUCAAGCGCCCCCAAAGCCUCCUCAGCUCACCCUUAGUCAACAACAGCAGUUAGAGCAGCAGCUGCAGCAGUUACAACUUCAGCAGCAUCAACAACAACAGACAGUGCUCAAUCAACCGUUUGUGUUGAACGAGAAUCAGCGGCAGACUUUACAGAAUCUAAUUAUGCGGCAACAGCAGGAGGCUCAACAGCUAGCACAGCAAACCUCACUACAGUUUCCACAGCUUCAACUUACACCUCAGCAACAAGAUCAUCUGUUUCAAGUGUUAUCUCAACAGCAGUUUACUCCUCAACAAUUACAACAGGCUCAGCAAGCUGUAGUUGCCCAGCAACAGGCGCAGCAGCAACAGUUUGCUAUCACCUCCCAACAACAGGCAGUAGCCCAACAGGUCCAACAUCAAAAUCUACUCCAACAAGCUUCAGCUCUCAAUCCUCAGUUCUCACAAGCAAACCAACUGUUGUUUAACCAGCAACAACAUCAGCAGUUACUGCAGCAACAGCAACAAGCUCAAUUGUUCCAGCAACAGUUGCAGCAGAUUAAACCUCCAGUCGUGCCACAGACACAAAAACCUGUUACCCAGAGGAAAGCGCUUUUACCGUUGUCGCAGUUAAACCCUGAUACAGGAAUGCUAGGUAUCGAGACCGUAACACCUCCCCCAUCCACUCCGUUAACGCCCAAUCCAUCACCAGCUUCACCGGACAGUAUUUCACCGUUGUAUACACCGAUAGAUCUGGAUGCCCAGACUGAGAGCAAUCAUGAUACGGCACUGACCUUGGCUUGUGCCGGAGGUCACUCGGAACUGGUUACUCUCCUACUCUCCAAGGGUGCUGAUAUUGAACAUAGGGAUAAAAAAGGUUUUACACCACUAAUACUGGCCGCGACUGCAGGUCAUACUGACGUAGUGGAGAUAUUGUUAGAACAUGGUGCUGAUAUUGAAGCCCAGUCUGAGAGAACGAAAGAUACGCCACUCUCUUUGGCAUGUUCUGGUGGUAGAUACGAGGUUGUGGAGCUACUUUUACUUCGAGGGGCGAACAAAGAACAUCGCAAUGUGUCCGACUAUACCCCUCUCAGCCUAGCAGCAUCUGGGGGCUUUGUUAAUAUCAUCAAGUUACUUCUCUCACAUGGAGCAGAGAUCAACUCCAGGACUGGGAGUAAAUUGGGUAUAUCACCACUGAUGUUAGCCGCAAUGAACGGUCAUACUGCAGCUGUUAAACUCCUCCUAGAUAUGGGUAGUGACAUUAAUGCACAGAUCGAGACAAAUAGGAAUACGGCAUUGACCUUGGCAUGUUUUCAAGGUCGUCAUGAAGUUGUAAGUCUUCUAGUGGACAGGAGAGCUAACAUUGAACAUCGUGCUAAGACUGGUUUAACUCCACUAAUGGAAGCAGCAUCCGGAGGGUAUGUAGAAGUGGGUCGUGUCUUGUUAGAUAAAGGGGCAGAUGUAAAUGCCCCUCCGGUACCGUCAUCGCGUGACACGGCUCUCACUAUAGCAGCUGAUAAGGGGCAUUAUAGAUUCGUAGAGUUGUUACUGUCCAGGCAUGCAGCGGUUGAUGUGAAAAAUAAAAAAGGCAAUUCACCACUGUGGCUUGCAUGUAAUGGCGGACAUUUAGACGUGGUUCAGUUAUUGGUGACGGCCGGUGCGGAUAUAGACAGUCAGGAUAACCGGAAGGUCUCGUGUCUAAUGGCAGCGUUCAGGAAGGGUCAUAUAAAGGUUGUUAAGUGGAUGGUGAAACAUGUGAAUCAAUUCCCAUCCGAUACUGAACUAUCUAGAUACAUUGCUACCAUCACUGAUAAGGAUUUGCAGAAGAAAUGUCAGCAGUGUAUGGAGAUAAUAGUUAGUGCUAAAGAUCGUCAGGCCGCGGAAGCUAACAAGAACGCUACCGAUCUAUUGGAAGAGCUUGAUAAAGAGAGGCAAGAGGAAGAAAGUAGGAAAGCUGCAGCUGCCAAGAAACGAGAGAAAAAGAAAAAGAAGAAAAAGCAGAAGCAAGAGUCUAAGGAGACCGAACAAGGCAGUAAUAGUAAGAAUUCCACACCUGAACCAGAGUCCGAGGAUUCCCAACAGAUGGAGGUGGAGAAAGAAAAACUGGAGGAGAAGUUGGUGAUACAGCCUCCUUCAGCUACAACAACUUCCACUCUAGGUCUAAGCUUACCCACUUCAACUGAACCUAUCUAUACUAAAGCUAAAGGUCGUAACAAAAAAUCUGAGAAAAGGAACAGCAAGAAUGAGUCUGAAAUGAAUAACAUGGAGGAAGACAGGUUGACUCAAGACGAAAACAAAGAUCCACGGAGUAACAAGUCGGAUAACUCUUCAUCCAGUAACAACAAACUGGAGAGUGUUUCUAAAACGGAGUCGAAGAAAAACAAGAAGAAUAGGAAAGAGAGAGAGAAAGAUCAGUUACAGACCAUCGGGAAGGAAGAGAGUACAGAUGAACGGACGCCAAGUCUGGGAUCUGGUCGUAUCACUGCUCCGGCUGAAAGUGACUCGAGUAAUAAAGGAAGGUCGUUAACAUCCAGCAAUAGGCGGAAAAAAGGCGAGAAAGGACAAUUGAAUUGCACGACAGCCAUUGGGGAUUUAGACGACUUUGGUAAUCUUCCAUCAAUAUCUGAUAAAGACAUUGAAAAGCUCAGAAAGAAUGUGGAAAAAACCAAAAGUAGUCAUGUGGAGAAAACACCUUAUGAAAAGGCCCAGGAGGCAAGCAAUCCCAGUAUGCUGUCAGUGAAAACCUCGCCUGCUCUUGUGAAUAGCCCUAAACGUGGACAGAAAAAGGAAGAUGGUUGGAAAGAAGUUAUCCGAAAGUCUAAGAAAGUGCAAGUUCCAGCAUCGGCCAUCAGUCGUGUGAUUGGUCGAGGAGGGAGCAAUAUUAACGCUAUUCGGGAAGUUUCGGGAGCAAAUAUUGAUGUAGAGAAGAACAAGGGUUCAGGAGAAAGAACCGUAACAAUCAAGGGUUCAGCGGAGGCAACAAGACAAGCCCAUGCCUUGAUCACAGCUUUGAUCACUGACCCUGACAAGGAGCUCACUGAAAUUUUACCUAAAGCGAAGCAGAAACCUCCCGCUGAAAACAAGAGUUUGUAUUUUAUCCCUCCUAGUGAUAACCUGAUGCCUACCAGCGGUCCAACGUCGCAGUCUAGUGGUACGUCUCAGCAAAAAUCUUCAAAUAAAACUCUAGCACCUAGACUACAACAGCAGGCUGCUAUGACGAGUGGAAAUGUAGCAAGGUCAAUAGGUCAAGGUCAGAGCAUGCAAAGUGCUGGAAUGGUUUGGGGAAGCUCUCCGGCGCCAGGUUCUGUAUCGCCUCGUAGAAGUGUGGGUAAAGUUUCAGCUGGAGCACCGUAUCCUGUUCCUGUUGCAAUGAAUGGUCCAUUAUCGGUUGAUAAGUCGAAUGUUACAAGGCAGUUGUUUUCAGGGCCAGUUCCCGAGCGUAGAGGUGGAUUUGGGAGUCCAUCUGCUGCAACAACUGUUGUGACUAUGUCAAAUGUUGCAGGUCCAAUACCAGCCUCUCCGCCAACAAUUUACAGACCGGAUGGUAGAUUACAACACCAUAGUCGAGGUAACAGUCAGGGGAAAAUUUGGGCCCUGGGAAAGGAAAGGUUUCAGAGACCAUUUUCUGGUUUCACCAAAACAUGA